AUGUUUUUCAAACGCAGCUUGAUCCUGGCCGAGUCUUGCGAUGAAUUGGUGUUUGAUUUGAAAACGGCCUUCAAAUCAUUUGAAAAGAAAUCACUGGCCAACGAUAACAAGCCCUUUGAUGGAAUUGCCACGUUACUCAGUGAGCUCGAAUCUUUCUCACCGUCAUCCGACCCAUCCAAUGAAGACCCGCCGCGCAACAAUAUCCCAGCCAUCUCUGUCCGCUUAAGAAUGCUCGCCCUUCUGGCCAAUGACUCGUCAUUUGAAGCGUCCUUGCAUCGAAACGCCAACGCGUUGUUGAGGACUAUUGUGGCAUUACUCCCUAACGCUACUGGCUUAAUGAAGGAAUCCCUCGAAGUAACAGGGAUUCCUAAAUGGCUCGCCUCCUCGCUCUUGAUCGUCGAGGCCAUGCUAGCUUACGCCAAGGACAAGUCGUGCCAAUGCUGCGCCUUGGUCCUGGAAUGGCGUCUUGCCCUUCCAACCCCAAACAGAGAUUCAAACUGCCCCUGUUGGCUUGGGUGGCCAUUCCACUCUGCUCUGUAA